AUGCCUUUCCGACAAAGUUCAUACGGCCAAUAUGUCCCAUGUGACAGCUUUUUCGUUGAGUCAGACGAAGAUGCUCUCUAUGCCGCUCGAGAGCAGCAGCGACGGCGUACGAGGGCUAUCGCCGAGAUGCAGCAACGAACCAUGGGACAGGAAUUGUCGAAACUUACAGCUGAGGAGUACCAAGAUGAUGUUCUCGCCCACAUGGUACAGAUGGAGUCGGCGACUAUGCCUGAUGUUAGCUCCAUCGAUAUUCAGACCGAAAUUCAAUGGUACAUGCGUCCAUACCUCCUCGACUUCCUCGUCGAAGCACAUGCUGCAUUCCAGCUCCUCCCCGAAACCCUCUUCCUGACCGUCAAUCUUCUCGACCGCUACUGCUCGAAGCGAGUGGUCUAUAAGCGCCAUUAUCAACUGGUCGGAUGUGCGGCUCUGCUUAUCGCAGCAAAGUAUGGUGACCGGAAGGAACAUGUCCCGACCAUUAAGGAACUUCGGUCCAUGUGUUGUUCAUUGUAUGACGAGGAUAUGUUCAUCCAGAUGGAAUGGCAUGUUCUUCAGACCCUGAACUGGAUGGUGGGCCAUUCCACGGUGGACUCCUUCGUCCAGAUUGCUAUGUCCUCGUCGACUCCAGAUCCCGAAGUGGAGCAUAUGACGCUCUACAUUGCCGAAGUUGCACUGUUCCACCGCGACUUCGUGUCGGUGACCCCAUCGGUCCUUGCUCGAUCCUCCAUGGCCAUUGCUCGGCAUAUCCUAUCCCGUCCGCAGGCAUCGCCUUCGGACUGGGCUGGAAUGUACGACCACAGCACAGUCAUGAACCUGUCCCACUGCCUUUACCAACCAUCGCAGGUGCUUGUCCGCAAAUACUCGUCAAACCAGUUAUCUGGUGUAGCAAGCACAGUGGAAGACUUCUUACAGCAGCAACUCGCUUUGAGCCAGAGGAACGCAGCGGUCGCUCCAGUCGAGGUCACCGUCACCCACGAGGAACACCGUGUCGCUCCACAGGUUGGUACCCAGGUCCCCCAGACCCCCCAGAAGACAAUGUAUGCCGGAUCUGUCAUGGCAAAUGGCUGCAUUACCCCGCCGAUCACACCCGAUGGCGAUCAGUAC